AUGCCCGGCGCCCUAUCCGUCACAAUCUAUAGGGGCCUGUUCCGCAGAAAUGCCGUCUACCUGACCACCAUUUUCGCCGGUGCCUUCGCUUUCGAGCUCGCCUUCGAUACCUCUACCAACAAGGUCUGGGAUACCAUGAACCGCGGUCGGCAAUGGAAGGAUAUCAAGUCCCGCUACAUCAACAAGGAGGAGGAAGAUGAGGACUAG